AUGAUUCAACCUCAGACCCAUUUGAAUGUAGCAGAUAACAGCGGGGCUCGAGAAUUGUUGUGUAUUCGAAUCACAGGAGCUAGCAAUCGUCGAUAUGCUCAUAUUGGUGACGUUAUUGUUGCUGUGAUCAAAGACGCAGUUCCAAACAUGCCUCUAGAAAGAUCAGAAGUGGUCAGAGCUGUAAUUGUCCGUACUUGUAAAGAACUUAAACGUGACAACGGUAUGAUAAUACGAUAUGAUGACAAUGCUGAAGUUGUGAUUGAUCAAGAAGGAAAUCCAAAAGGAACUCGCGUUUUUGGUGCGAUUGCCCGAGAAUUGAGACAGUUCAAUUUUACUAAAAUAGUUUCAUUAGCUCCCGAGGAAAGAUCCGACGUAGUUUUAUACGAAUAUUGCAAAGAGAUAGAGUCAAAAUUGAAGAAUACGAUUCAAAAUCGAAAAUUACAAUAA